AUGAUUGGCGAUGGAUUCGGACCGGCCGCCGCUACAAUGGCUCGUCUGGCCCAGGCUCACAUGAAUGGCGUCGAGUACAUGCCCCUCAAACUGGACUCCCAUCUCGUUGGCACAGUGCGCACCGCUUCAUACAGCAGCGAUGUCACCGACUCGGCCGCCGGCGCCACAGCCUACGCCACUGGCGUCCACGCCAACAAUGAUGCCGUGAGUGUCGAUCACAACUACAAACCUGUUGGCACGCUGUUUGAGGCCGCCCGCCUCAAGGGCAUGAAGACGGGUGUCGUCACGACCACACGCGUCACCGACGCCACACCUGCCUGUUUCUACGCUCAUUCAACGACCCGCAAGACAGAGGACUUUAUUGCCACACAGAUGAUGGACAUGGACAUGACCGUGGCCUUGGGCGGUGGAUCACAGUUCUUCAAUCAAACAAUGUUGGACAAGGCUCAGCAAGUGAAUCAAUACUCAAUGGUGUACAAUCGAACGAGCAUGCUUCAAGUCAACAAGGGCAAGAUGAUAGGACUGUUCACGCCACAUGACAUACCCUACGACAUUGACAGGAUCAAUCAGAAGAUGACAGAUAUCCCCACGCUGAAAGAGAUGACAGUUAAGGCAUUGGAGUUACUGGCGCAGGAUAAUCAGCAUGGCUUCAUCAUAAUGGUGGAGGGCGCCAAGAUCGACCUGGCCGGACACAGCAACGACGCCGCCGCACAGAUAUAUGAGACACUCAACUUUGACGAUGCGUUCAACGCAGUCCUGGACUUUGCCGCCAAUGACAGGAACACGUUAGUGCUGGCAACUGCCGACCAUGAGACAGGCGGUAUCACCUUGGGCUUCCAGCCCGACGCACACGUCUACCCCACGUACAAGUGGCUCCCGGAUGUACUUCUCAACUUUACCGCGUCAGCAGCCACGAUGGAGAAGGAGAUCUUUGCCACUAGAGUCAACGUCACUGAUGCUAGUGUCGCCACAAACAACUCUGUGAUCAACUCUGUCGUCAACAAAUAUUACAAGCCAGGCAAUUGGGAUCAGUCUCCCUUCAACUUCACAACAUCGGAGCUGGAGCUAUUGCAGUCUUUCUGGAGUGCCAACAACAAUGGAUCGUUCGCAAGCUUCCUCGGCCGGUUCAUUGGGGAGCGUGCUCUGGUCGGCUUCACAACCAGUGGACAUACAGGAGUCGAUGUCAACUUGUACACAUACUACUCUGGCGAUAAUCAAGAUAUCAAAGAAUCAAUAGAGUCCAAACUACAUGCCAACAUUGAUAACAUUGAAAUAGCGCACUAUAUCCAAGAUGUGCUGGAACUAGACAUGGACGAGGUGACAGCCUCUCUAGCAAACUUCAAUCCAGGAAUAAUUCCACCAUUCCCUCCAUCAUAA